CAGGAAGUUCUAUACCAAGUAGAUCUAUACAGAAAAACAAUCCAGUCUCUGCUUAUGUUAGCUCAGUUAUAUCUCUGUCCAAAUUUUAUAUUCAGUUUGCAGAUGAAGAGGCCGCCUUGGAAAAAUUAAUGAGUAGUUUACAAGUAGCUUAUAAUGAGAAUCCAGGAGAAGGUACAAAUUUUGCUGUAAUAGGACAGUUUUAUUGUACAAAGUAUACAGAAGAUGAUUCAUGGUAUCGUGCCAUAGUGGACAGCCUUGGUGAUAAAGUUACAGUCUGUUUCGUUGAUUAUGGUAAUUCAGAAAAUGUCAAUGUAUCAGAUUUAAAACUUUUAAAAUCUGAGUUCUCAACUUUACCUGCAUUCGCUGUAAAAAGUUGUUUGUCUGGGGUUGAACCAGUAACAGAUAAAUGGUCAGAUGAGGCCAAUACAGCUUUAGAAGAAGCAGUUGUAGACCAAGAGUUAACUGUAAAUUUUAUAACUGAUUCUGAUGUAUUUGUUUCCAAUACAGAAGGAGAUGUAGCUCAGAGUUUGAUUUCAGCAGGACAUGCCAGAGCCAGACCUUCCUCUAAUUCUACAGACUACAUUAUCAAUGGAAGACCAGGUUACACCAGUUGGAGAAGUAAUUGUCUAUUUAUCUGCUAUAAAUGAUAAAGGAUUUUAUUUACAAUUGGCAAGUCAGGAAAGUACACUACAAAACAUGUCCGACCUUUUGCUAACAUUAUGUCCAACCUUACAACCUGUCAGUCUACCAUCUUUAUCAGUUGGAAACUUUUGUUGUGCUAAAUUUUCUGAAGAUGACGCAUGGUAUAGAGCAGUUGUGACAGACAUAAAAGAUCAAGAAGUUACUGUUACUUUCAUAGAUUAUGGAAAUGGGGAAACAUUGCCAGGUAGUAGUCUUAAACAGCUGCACAAAGAAAUACUGUCCCCAGCUAUGGCAUUCCGUUGUUGUUUGGAUGGUUGUGAAUCUGUAAACCCAACCAACCUAGAGCCAAGGCUUACAGCCCUAAUGGAUUCAACAGAACUUAAUGCCUUGUUUAAAGGGAAGAUAGGAGACUUAUUUAAAGUUGUGUUGACAGACAGUGGUGUAAAUGUGAACCAGGAAUUGGGUGAUAAAGGUGAUGCUCUAGCUGGUGGUGAUAUGAUGGUUCUUGAUGAAACAGGAGAUGCACAAAAACUUUCAGAAAUUAAAGGUUCUUCUUUAAAAAUAUCAGACACAAAGUGUGGACCGUGUGAUGUGAGAGAGAAAAAUAACCAGUCACUAUACUGGUGUAUGUCCUGCGAAGAAGGUCUGUGUGAAGAAUGUUACGACCAUCACAGAGCAAUAAAGUCAUCUAGAAAUCAUUCAGUUGUUCCCCUUGAAAGUGUCAAGCAUCUAGAGCAAUUCAUUUCAUCUUUCAAAACAGAUUGUUCUAUUCAUGAUAAGCCAUUAGAACUUUUUUGCCCAUGCCAUGAAGAACCUUGCUGUACCAAAUGUGCUUCACUAAGUCACCAAAACUGCGUAGGCAUCACUCUGUUCCAAACGGUUGUAAAUGAUUUGAAGAGAUCUGAUAAGCUUUCCUAUCUUGACAAUGAUAUUGGAACUCUAUUGAAAAACAUUGACUCGUUAAUUGAAAAUCGCAAAGUCAACUUGAAAGAAAUUUCUGAUCAGGGUAAAACAAAAUUUGACUUGUUUGCAGUUCUGAAAGAAAAAUUAAAAGAUCUUGAAAUCAAACUGCAGUCUAAAUGUCAAGGGUUGCAUGUGGCUGCAUAUGCAGAAAUAGAAGCAGUUGUAGCAAAACUCCAGAAAAAGCGACAGAUGAUAAUAGACUAUAAAAAUAACUUGUCACAGCUGAGACAAAUUGGUGCAGAUACACAACUGUUCCAUGGAACCAAACAAAUGGAAAAAUUCAUAGAAGAAGAAGGGAAAGCUCUUUAUGCAAUUGUAAAAGAGCCAUCUAUGCAAGAAGUUAAAAUAAAAUCAAAAAUGAGUGACAAUUUCAAACAAAUUGUGUCUGAUUUAAUAGAUGUGACUAUAAAAAGGGAAAAUUCUACGGUGAUUCUGAAGGAUGUAGAAGGCAGUUAAACUUGCCAAAGUGUUAAGGAUAAUGAAACAGAAGUAUCAGUUGUCCAAAAGACACAGACUGAAUUUGACAAAUCAAUGUUUAAAGGCAAUACAAACAUUUCCUGCUUAGUAGCCUUACCAGGAGGUGAUAUAGCCGUUACAGGUUAUGACUCUGAGGAUCAACAACUUUUUAUAUUUGAUAUCACUGGGUCAGUAAAGAAAAGAAUAUGUUACCCUAAUAGACCAUUUGGAUUGACUGUUAUUAAUAAAGAUAUCUUUGCAGUUUCAUUUCCAGAAUUAUGGUGCAUUAAGAUUUACUUGCUAAAUGCAUUCGCAGAAAUAACCGAAAUCCAGACAAAUGGAGAGUGUUGGGGUUUACAGUUUGAAGAUGGUAUAUUUAUAGCUGCCAUUAGAAAUGUUGAAAUUUCAUUUAUGAACUUAUUAGGAACUGUUCAAAAACAUUUCCAAUGAAGCAAAAGAAUCUUGUUUAUGUUUUGAAAAGCAAAGAGAGGCACUUUCGAACAGAGUUUGAAAACCAUAGUGUUCACUGCUAUAGUUCCAUCAAAGGGCGGAAAGAGUGGCAAUUUUCUCACCCGACUGUACUUGGUCCUCGAAACAUGUGUAUUGAUGCUGAAGGCAAUUUAUUUGUAGCAUGUCAAGAUUCCAACUGUGUAAUUCUUAUUUCUAGUGAUGGGAACCAUUUCAAAAGAGUUGUUGAAAUGAGAUAUGCAAAGUGUAUUUACUUUGAUGUGCAAAAGUCUCUUCUUUAUGUUUGUAGUGUCAAUGGAAAAGACAUGGCUUCAUUCAUUAUUCCGAAGAACUUUUGCUCUUUUUGAUAACUAUAAAUAGAAAUGAUACAGAAAGAAUUAAAAAAAAUGAAAUGAUCUAAAUAAUCUGUCACUACACAAUACAGACUUCUAUCAUUUGUCUA